GCACACAUUCCCUAACGACCUGUCUGCGAAUCUGCCUGUUGCCUCUUUGAGAGAAGUCAGAUGUUGACUCCUGAGCUGCUUCUAAGACCUCUGUUCUCCCCUCCUGAGGUGGAGUCAGUGAGCUGGACCAAGGCGAUUGCUACUCAAGAUGGCCUGAGUUUGACCCCAAGAACCCAGGGUGAAAGGAGAGUGCUGACUCCCAGAAGAUGGCCUCUGACCACCACAACACAGAUACCAGUCCAGAGAGGUUGCCGUUGUGCCCAGGACCACACAGCCAAGCUUCUUGUUGGAUGGCAGGCCUUCAAGCCCUUCCCCCAGGAGCCUCAUCAGCCUCUAGCUCCCUUCCUCUAAUGCCUUGUUAAGUAUUUUCUCCUCUUGGUGGUCAUUUUUGUUGUACAAUCAAUAAACCACUCACAGAAA